ACACUUGUGAAAUGAAUGUUCGCACGUGAAAAUUUGAGGUUAAUUUUAAAUCGACGAGAGUGCAAAAUAUUUUGGAGCAAAAUUGAUUACGUAUUUUAAAGAGCCUAUGUUUUCAUAAUAAAAUAUAGAAGAUUACCUUAAGAAACAAGAAUGAAGAUUUCAAUAUUUAAUGAAGAUGAUUCUGUAUUGCUAGUAGGAGAAGGCAAUUUUUCAUUUUCUGUAGCAUUAUUACGGUGCAAUUUAAACAUUAAUCUCAUUGCUACCUGCUAUGAAUCUAAUGUGAGUCAAGAGACUACAAAAGAAAAUGUAAAUUAUCUUCGAAGCAACGGUAUCUGUGUAUUGUUUGAUGUGGAUGCCACAAAAUUGGAAGAAUGUCUCGCAUUAAAAUCUAAACUAUUUGACAAAAUUAUUUUUAACUUUCCUCACAUUGGAGGUAAAAUGAGAAUAGAAAAAAAUAGAGAAUUGCUGAAGAAUUUUUUUCUAUCAUCUGAGAAAAUGAUAAAAGAAAAUGGUCAAAUAUUAGUAACAUUGUGCAAUGGCCAAGGUGGAACACCUAUGGACAAACCCAAGAGACGUUGGGAUGAUUCAUGGAAAAUUGUAGAAAUGGCUGCACAUGGAAAUUUUAUAUUAACGAAAAUGCAUUGUCUUCAUCAUUUGAGAAAUAUCAUCACGUGCAAUGUAGUUCAAAGACAAGGCUGUGAAAUCAUUUUGAAUAGAAACAAAUACGAAAUUUCAAAUAGAAACUUAUUUAGAACAUUAUCUGUCACUGCCUGUGUGCACAAAGAGAAAUCCAUACCCAAACCUUUACGUAGUACAAAACCAAAAUCACAACACGAUACUGUACAGUAUUUUGUUGAUAUAAAACAGACAAGAACAAUUGGAGGAAAGGGUGGAGAUGGUGAAAUAUCAUUCUUACGAUUGUGGGUCAAUGAUCGAGCUGGUCCUGAUGGAGGUGAUGGUGGAAAUGGUGGGCAUGUAAUAUUUCAAGCAAAAACAAAUGUGAAAGAUCUUCGAUAUGUAAGUUCUCUGAUUAAAGCUGAAAAUGGUGAAAAGGGUUACACUAAGGAUUGCUUCGGUAAAAACGCGGAACACACUGUGGUAGAAGUACCCAUUGGGACUAUCAUGCGUGAUAUAAAGGGUAGAAUAUUAGCCGACUUAGAUCAAGAUGGAAUAAUGUUUAUUGCCGCGAGAGGUGGUGCUGGUGGACACGGAAAUGCUUUUUUUAAAUCAGAUACUCAACAGUCACCAGAAGUAUGCGAGUAUGGUGCAGUUGGAGAAGACUUGCAAUAUGUGAUAGAAGUAAGAAGUAUGGCGCACAUUGGAUUAAUUGGUCUACCAAACGCUGGUAAAAGUACACUUUUAAGAGCUAUAUCCAGAGCUAGGCCAAAGGUAGCAGCGUAUCCUUUCACUACUCUAAAACCACAUAUAGGCAUGAUACAGUAUGACGAUUACGAACAAGUUGCAGGUAAUUUAUUUAAUAUAAACACAAGAAAAACCAUUCUUCUUUUCUGUUCGGUUUUACUCUAUUUAAAUAUUGUUUUAGUUGCCGAUAUGCCUGGUCUCAUAGAAGACUCACACAAGAAUAAAGGGCUCGGUAUAACUUUUCUAAAACACGCGGAGCGUUGCGCCGCUUUAAUAUUUAUUUUAGAUAUUACACAGGACGAACCAUGGAAAAGUCUAGAAAUUCUAAAGUAUGAAAUUAAUCAGUUUAAUGAAAGAUUGAGCAACAGGCCACAUAUCGUUGUAGCAAACAAAAUAGAUUUGCCUGAUGCUGAGAUUAAUUUACAAUUACUCAAGAAAUAUGUAGAUCUACCAAUAAUUCCUGUCUCUGCCAAGCUGGGAACCAACGUCUCCACUUUAUUAAAAGAGAUUAGGAUAUUGUAUGAUAAUCUUAAAAGCAACACAUCGGAAGAAAACGACAAUGUUCUCGCAUAAUGCAAUAAAUCGCAUUUUAGUACAAAAUGUGUAAAUAUUUUUUUACAAUAGUUAACUGCUAUUAAUAAUUAAUAGCUUUUGUGCAAAAUGUAAAAUUCUUUACUACACUUUUUACUGGCGGCUGAUUCAAAAUUGUAGAAAACCACCUAUUUAAAUUCGUGUAUUGCUUUCUAUGAUGUGGGUCUAAUAAAUUUUCGUAUAAAGGCAAUAGUGCGAUAAAAACUGAUA